UGUUGGUUUUUCUCAACUGAGAUUAUUCACUGUCUUCUUCGAGUUCAAUAGUUUGCAAGGAAAGAUGGCAGAACUUGUUACUUUUGCUGCCGAGGGGAUACUGACUAGGGUGGCUUCACUAGCCGAGCAAGAAUUCAGUCUCCUCUGGGGAUUCAAAGGAGAAGUCGCACGGCUGCGGCAAUCAUUGUUCAAGAUUCAAGCUAUGCUGCGAGAUGCGGCCCAGCAUUCGCAGAAUCGGGGCGAAGCGGUGCAAAUUUGGGUGAAGAAUCUUGAAGAAGUAGCUCAAGCUGCUGAUCAAGUGCUGGACGAAUACGAAUACGAAGUUCUCCGGCGUCAGGUGGAACUUGAAAACCGAAUGGAGAAAAAGGUGCUCAACUUCUUUUCACACCACAAUCCCAUUGCGUUUCGACACAAUAUGGGACGCAAAAUCAAGAAAAUCAAUGCAUUGUUGGCCAAUCUGAGGGAGGAGGCAACUGGUUUGGGGCUAGUUGACACGAAAACAAUGGAUGCAACGUCUCAUGAUGGUAUAAGAGUACCUGACAACAGGGUAACCGGCUCUGUCUUUGAUCCAGAUGAGAAGUACAUUGUUGGAAGGGAGGAGGCUGUGUCGGAGAUAGCUACAACCCUGAUAAAUUCCCGCAACAAUAAGGAGAAUUCUAUUUCGGUUAUGGCCAUUGUGGGAAUGGGAGGCCUGGGCAAGACAACUUUGGCUAAAUCAGUUUAUCAUCAUCCCGAGAUAGGACGGUUCGAUACAAAAAUAUGGAUAUGUGUAUCUACUCCUUUCAAUGUCACGGCGAUUUUAAGCGGGAUCUUAGAAAAGAUUAAACCGGAAAAGGCUGGGAUUAAGGGUAAAGCGACAAUAUGUGAAAAUCUCCAAGAAGAUUUGAAAGGAAAGCGAUAUCUUCUCGUUCUCGACGAUGUCUGGAAUGAGGAUUCUCAUAAAUGGAAUGAUUUGAUGAGUUGUUUGUCAAGUGUUGAAGAUACCCAAGGAAGCAGCAUCCUUGUCACUACCCGCAGUGCUAGUGUUGCAUCAAUUGUGGAAACACUUUCCAGGCGUGAUUUGGAAAAAUUAUCGGAUGACGAAUGUUGGCGCAUAUUAAAGGAUAGGGCAUUUCGGAAUGGGAGUGCUUCCGUGACCGAAGAUCAAGAGCGAAUGGGAAGGGAAAUCGCCAAAAAAUGUGCAGGUGUACCAUUGGUGGCAAAGGUAUUGGGAGAUAUGAUGCGUCGUAAACCGAGUGGUGAAUGGCAGUCAAUUCAAGAAAGUACAAUAUGGAAUUUGCAAGAAGGAGAAAGUACAAUAAGGAAUUUGCAAGGAGGAGAAAAAACAAUCCUUUCAGUUUUGAAGUUGAGCUUUGUUGAAUUGAGAUCACCAUCUUUGAAACAAUGUUUUGCAUAUUGUUCAAUGUUCGUCAAAGAUGAGAUUAUUAAAAAGGAGGAUUUAAUCCAACUUUGGAUGGCUCAAGGAUUGCUCCAACCUUGUCCCAACAAAAGUAUGGAGGAUGUAGGGAAUGAAUAUUUUAAUAUUCUAUUGGAGAACUCCUUUUUUCAAGAUGUUGAAAUGGAAGAAAAUACUGUUUACAGUUGCAAGAUGCAUGAUCUUGUGCACGAUCUUGCAGAACAUGUGUCAAAAUCAAAGAGCAAGGACUCCGAUGAGAAUCGACAUAUGGCAAAGCUCUCUACCUCGGCACUGCAUGUAAUUCCAAACGGAGAUUUGAAUGGUGAUAAACUUGGUGGCAUCUUCUCAAGAUUUAAAGGUUUGCGCGUCUUAAAAUUACGCGGUGCUGAAAUUAGUGAGUUGCCAAUUUCAAUUAAAAAGUUGAAAUGCUUGAGGUAUCUUGAUGUUUCCAAUACAUGGAUAAAAAAGCUCCCCAAAUCUAUUGGCAAGCUUUAUAAUCUACAGACGUUGAAGAUGCUAUAUGUCACAAGUUUUCCAGAGGAACUGCAAAAUUUGAUCAACUUGAGACAUUUUGAUUUUUCAUUUGAUGCGGAGAGAUAUCCAAUUGGGAUUGGGCGUUUGACUAAUCUCCAAGCUUUACCUUCUUUCAGUGUGGGUAAGGAGAGAGGUCGUGGAAUAGAGGAGUUGGCUGGCUUAAAGCAAUUGAAAGGCCGAUUAUCCAUAUUUAAUCUAGAGCAUGUGAGAGAUGGAGAGGAAGCGAAGAAAGCAAAACUAGCAGAGAAGACAAAUCUGCGUGAAUUAGUCUUUCGAUGGGGAUAUGAGAAAGGGUCAAGCAUUAAUGCUGAGGAUGUACUAGAAGGCCUUGGACCAGCACACCCUGAAUGGGAUGAAGACAGGUCUAUGAUCAACAAUAAUGAUGAGGAUGUACUAGAAGGUCUUCUACCAGCACACCCUGAACUGGAAUAUUUGAAGAUUAUAUACUUUAUGGGUGAGAAGUGGAUGAUGGGGAGUCCCUUUCCUUCAUUAAAAAGAUUACAUAUCUCUGAACCUAAGAAUCUAAUUGAAUGGAAGGAAUCUGCAGAAAACGUUGUGCUCUUUCCAUGCCUCGAGGAGCUGUCUCUGACCUACUGCGAUCAAUUGAGAAGUGCUCCCAGUCAUUUUCCAUCUCUGAAAAAGUUAGAGAUACAUUCCAUGGGUAGCGGCAUGCCAAUAGCAAAUAUAAGCAGCAACCUGACCGCUCUUACUUCUCUCAAAAUAAGAAGUAGAGGGACUUGGUUGUCUGCCAGAAGGGAUGUUUAAAAACAACAAGAAUCUUGCAUAUUUGGAGAUAAAUUAUUGUCCGGAUUUAACCUGUAUUACAACGGAUGAUGUAUUUGGUUGUUGGCUUUCUUUUCAGUCCUUGCAUAUUUCCGGGUGUCAUAAUCUAGAGCGCCUGCCUGAUGGGCUACAACAACUUGUCUCUCUUAAGGAGUUUUUUAUAUCUGAUUGCAAGAGUCUAAACCACAUUCCAGACAUGUACGAGCUCACUUCUCUCCGUGCUUUGUCUAUUUGUGAUUGUAAUGAGUUAUCCAGUCUACAUAAGGGACUUGAAUGCUGCACCUCUCUUCGUGAGUUGACCAUCAGAAAUUGCUCCAAGCUGACGUCCAUUCAAUUUGAACAGGACCAUGCAUUGGAACAGGGCCUCCGAUCUCUCUGUAAAUUGGUUAUUGGCAACUGUCCUGAAUUAUUAAGCCUGCCGAGUGGGUUAGAAUAUUGUACCUCUCUUCAGGAUUUGACAAUAUCUCAUUGUGAAAAGCUAAGAUACACUGAGAUUCACGGCCUCCCACCAUCCCUCCACUCUAUUCCUAGUUUAGAAAACCUCACACACCUCCGUGAGUUGGAGAAGGUUGAUUAUCUUGAGUUAAAAAAACUGCGCAGUGGAUUUAAAAGCCUCACCAGCUUGAAGGAAUUGAUAAUUGGUGGGUUUUGGAAGGAGCUCGAUUCAUUCCCUCCUUUUGAGGUUAUUCCACAACUUGAAUCAUUACAUUUGUAUGGUUGGCCUAAGCUUCGGUCUCUGCCUGAACAAGUUAAACACUUGACUUCUCUAGCUCAUUUGGAAAUAUGGAACUUUAACGGAAUGGAGGCUCUUCCGGAGUGGUUGGAGAACCUUGCAUUUCUUCGAUCCCUACGGAUAAGUAACUGCAGGAAUCUGAAGUGUCUACCUCCAGCUGAAGCUAAGAAAUGCCUCACCAAAUUAGAAGCAAUAUACAUUGUUAAUUGUCCCGUUCUAAAAGAGGGAUACAACAAGGAGAGCGGCUCGGAAUGGCACAAGAUUUCUCAUAUUCCAAAUAUUGAUUUCGAGUAGGGGCGAAUGAUGAGUAACGGCAAUUCCCAAUUGUUUGAAGUUGCAUUGAACCAGAUUCAUGGCGGGUUGGGCUGCUGCAUUUGGACCUCGGAUCAGCUCUCACGCGUGUUGGGCUGGGUUUUGCAUUAAUUCCUCUCAUCUCUCUCUGUCUCAUAUCUGCAAAACAGGCGGGGUUUAGCUGCUCCGAAAAUGCCCGCCAUGAUUUUUUUUACACUAAGUGGAGAUGGCAACCCAGGCAUUGCAACGGGCCCAGGUGUAUCAAUGGUAAGAAAUUGCCGAGUAGAUGAACUACAAACCUCAAAUUCCCUCUAUCCGUAUAUUUGCAGUUGCUUUUCCGUAUAAAUGUUCAAACCCAGGAACAUCUCCGACGCCUGGACCUCGUUGAGUAGUACCGGCCAAAAGCUUGAGGGUUCAGUUCGAGAGCCAUGGCUCCAGCUGGGAAGGCAAUGCCAUUCCACGAACACAACUGAAGCUAUGAAAUGCCUCACCAAAUUAAAAACAAUAGACAUUUGUAAUUGUCCCGUUCUAAAAGAGAGAUGCAACGAGGAGAGCGGCCUGGAAUGGCACAAGAUUUCUCAUAUUCCAAAUAUUGUUCCUGGAGACUGGUGAUGGCUGGGAGUCGGGACAUUGCAUUGAAGCAGAUUGCAGGUAAGCUUCUCUCUUUUGAUUGGAUUCAAUCAGCUUUUCAAUGCGUAUCUAUUAAUUUUACUGUUUUACAUAGGCUUCUGUUUUAUCUUCCUACCAAACAUAAAUCUUAUCAACUUUUUGGAAAAUUUGAAAAAUUUGAUGCCUGAAUAUAUUUUCCAGAAAGUUGUUAAAAUUUAUCAACUACAGUAAUUUUGGGUUGAUUUCACUUUGAUUACGACUAUGCCAUUCAUUUAGAAAUAUACCUCCUAGCCCACGCGUCCAUCAUCAUCACUGCAGUUCAACUUCUUCUCCGCUUUUUCUGUGCUUUUCGAUUCUCUUUCUCGCUGUUCUUAGUUUCCGCUAUUCUCCGCCUCCGCCGUCACCUUCAUUGCCAUGUUCUCCAGGAUGAAAAUAUUUAACAAAAUGAAUUCGGACUACAAAGUUAAUUGAAGCUCUGGAAAGGAUGACAGACUAUUGAAAUCAUUUAUCGGUGGACGAUUUUUACUCCAGUUUAGGUGUAAACAUAUACCAAAACAACAAGGCUAUGGUGAGGGGAAUAAUUGUUUAGGGUUUAUGCUUUGUUUUCAAACACGAAAAAUAUCAGAGUGGGUAGUUUACAUUUUUUUCAUGCAGAUAUAUGACAAAGGAUUGGAUAUUUGAUUGGAAGUGCACAUUCAUUCAUUUGCUCGACGUUUUAUGAUAUUAUGGUGUCAAAAUUGCAAUGCGAUAUCACAAAAAGGGAGCACAGCUUUCGUAUAGAGAGUACAUAUGGGGUCCUACAAUUCCUGUGUUGAGCUUCCAGUGCACAGUUGAGAGACAUGGAAAUGUGAAGAGAUCAAGGUUUAGGAUUUUUGUUUGGCCACCAUUGACGAAGUGAAAGUGAGGCCAAAAGAGAGAAGAGUUGGUUUAGAGAAAAAGAAGUCUCACGCAAGAUUAUGGAACAGGGUUUUUUCACAACUUUUCGUAUCAGGGAAUUUUGGUGCUGUAUUGCGGACUUGGUUUUGUUGUAGACUACAAAGCAACUUUUAGCCAUCAAAAGGAAGUAAUCAAAUUGAUUUUAGGGGCUUAUGAAAGGAGUCUUCAAGACAUUCCAAGAAAAUGUUGAAGCAGGUAGCUCUGUCUUUCUUUUGCAAGAGUAAUAGCUUGGGGAAUUUGGGUACUUCAUGUUCUAGGCAGGUAUUAAGAUGAUACAGUUAGACAAGGAGGGUUAUUGACAAAACUGAAGCUUUCUUUUGAACAGGAUACUGUUUAUCCUUCUUACUACAAGUACUAUAUGUUGUAUGUAACAUGUAACGUCACGAGAAAUUUUACAAGUAGUAAUCAACUUCUGUUACUGUUUUUAUGUUUUAGCUACAAUUGUAGCACCAAUUUUACGUAUGCCUGUGAAAUUGUUUGUCUGACAUGCAGCACGGUGGAAUUGUAAUCUAGUUGCAGGUCCUUGGUGAAAGGAACAUCUUGUAUGCUCACAAGAUGAGAAGUACUAAUUGAGGCAGCUAUGUGAUUUCAAGUGCAUCAGCAUGGUCUUAAUUCGGGUCAGGAAGCGAUUGAAUCAAGUCUCAGAUUUUCAUUGCCAAUGUCACAAUGCACAUGUCAUCCUGGAGACAUUCAAUUGCCGCAGUUUUCCAACGAGCUUGAAGCUUUUCAAUGAUUUUGAUUGUCCUGAAUUUCAAAGGGGCAGUGCAGUUGAUUAAUGAAUGGCCAGGGUUAGCAAUUUUUUCAUUUGGCCAGGAAUCUCUGGAUGUAGAAUGAUGUGCAGAGUGAUGCAUUGUUCAUAUUGUUGGUUGAGAAGGAUGCUGCUUUUAUUCGAUUUUCUGAGGAUCGGUUUUACAACAGAUUUCCAUGUAUUAUCCUGACUGCAGAGGGGCAGCAGGAUGUAGCCACCAGACUCUUUUUAUGGAAGUUGAAGCUGGAAUUGAAGCUAACCGGUGCUGGCUCUUGUGGACAGGGAUCUGCACAGGCUGGAAAUUUUAUCAGUUUACGGCUGUGGUCGAAGAACAUGUCAUAUGACAGUGCGAAUUUGACCACACCAGAUAUAAAAUGGUUGGGGAUACGGCCGAGUGAUUUAGGCAUUAGUUUGUAAAGAUGUAAUAUCUUUUGAAUUGUUUCAGUUGAAAGGAGAAGGAAUGGAAUGAAGUAACAAUGAUUUUGUGACUUUCUUUCCCCCA